AUGGCAGCCUCUUUUUUCCUUCUCGUAUCCUCCAUCUUCGGAUGGGUCUAUACCAUCUGCUGGUCACUGUCCUUCUACCCACAACCGAUCCUCAACUUCCGCCGUCGGUCCACCACAGGCACAACGGUCGACUUCCCCGCCAUAAACGUCGUCGGCUUCCUCGCAUACUUCAUCUCGAACACGGCCUUCCUAUACUCGCCGCAGAUCCGCAACCAGUAUGCCGAGAGACAUCAUGGACUGACGCCCACGGUGCAGAUCAACGAUCUGGCGUUCGCCGCGCAUGCGCUUCUGACGUGCUUGAUCACCAUCUCGCAGUUCGUGCCGGGGCUGUGGGGGUUUGACAGGAAGGGGAGGACGGGUCCGGGGGCCAGGCUUAGCACUGGGAUCAAGGGCAUCAUUGUAGGGAGCUUUCUCGGUGUGGGUAUUGUGGCUAUCAUUGUAGCCGCGAGGCAUGAUCCGGAUCCGAAGACUGGAUGGGCGGUGAUUGAUAUGAUCUACGCCGUAUCUUACGUGAAACUCAUCAUCACGCUCGUCAAGUAUAUGCCUCAAGUCCUGACGAAUUACCACAACAAGUCCACGCACGGCUGGUCGAUAUAUCAGAUUCUUCUCGACUUUGUUGGCGGAAUACUCUCCAUCUGGCAGCUUGGCAUAGAUAGCUAUCUGCAGGGAGACUGGUCGGGUGUGACGGGAAAUCCGGUCAAGUUAGCGUUGGGAAAUAUCAGUGUAUUCUUCGAUAUUAUCUUCAUUAUACAGCAUUACUGUGUGUAUAGAGGGAAUAGGGGUACGGCGUUCUCGGAGGAUGAAGAGAGACCUCUACUUAAUGGGGAAGCAAAUGGAGAAGCAAGUGGGGAACGAUCGAAUGGGAAUUCCUAA